AUGCUGGGCGCGCUGUCCGCGCGCGACGCCGGGGCCCUGGCCUUCUCGGCGGUCGGGUCGUACGCGUGGGUCAAGAUUUUCGACCUGCUGGCCGUGAACGGGGUUUUGGAGCAGAAGUUGAGCCGCAAGCUGGUUCACAUAACCACCGGCCCGCUGUUCAUCCUAACAUGGCCUCUCUUUAGUGAUGCUGCCUACGCUCGCUACAUUGCCCUGAUCGUGCCCACUGCCAACUUCCUGCGGCUGUUGCUCGUGGGCACAGGGGUCCUCCAGGAUGAAGGCCUGGUGAAGUCGAUCAGCCGCGAGAGUGACAGGACUGAACUACUGCGUGGGCCCAUCUAUUACAUCGCCAUGCUCAUGGCCGUCACCGCUUUGUGUUGGCGGGACAGUGUUGCAGGGUACAUGGUGGUCGCAGUCACAUGUGCAGGGGAUGGCUUUGCGGAUGUCAUCGGACGGAGGUGGGGUCGACACUGCUGGGCAGGAAAUCACCCCAAAACCCAGGAGGGCAGUGCUGCCAUGUUUGUUGCUGGGGCAGGGACGGCGAUCGGAUUGAUGUCUGCCUUUCGCUGGCUGGGGUAUGUCGACUUUGCGCCAGGGCCUACGUUUUUGGGAGCAGUGUUUAUAGCAUUCAUUGCAACUGUUGUUGAGGCGUUGCCGAUCAACAAGCUGGUGGAUGACAACCUGUCGGUACCAUUGAUAGCAGGCCUCCUGGCUAAUUGGCUCCUGGCAGGAUGA